AUGGACCAAACUCAUAUGUUCUGGAACCACCUCUGGUCUGCGGCCCAGCCGAGGAUGGGGCUAUCGCUUCAGAUACCGGGCAUGCAGAUGCAGACAAAGCCGAUCUUGCUGCCGGCGACGAUGAACUUUGGAGAACCGAUGACGCACACAUCCCCGAGCAGUGAGCGAUCACUAUCCCCGAAAAGUGUCGAGAGAAUGGCGAAAAUGGGAGACCGAAAACGACCUGGGUCUCAGGAGAGCGCCCAAAAAAGGCCCCGUGGACGCCCCCGAAUCUAUCACACGUCGAUUAAGCAAGAAGGGGAAGACGAUGGGGGACCAAAGGACGAACCAACUGAGCAACAGGGGGCCGGCUUUGACGAGCUAACGGAAGGGCCCGAUGGGACGAAGCGCCGGAAAUACGCCUCGUUUUUGGCGAAAAACGACCCGAAAUAUCUGGACAUGAGACGGGCGAACAAUGAGGCUGUGAAGAGGAAUCGGGACAAGGCGAAGCGGCUACAGUUGCUAAAGGACCAAGAGCUAGAAAGACUAAACGAACGCCUAAACUCGCUGGAGGCCGAACUGCUCGCUGAAAAGGACAUGACGAAGCGGCUGACGGCCCAACUGGAAACCUGCAAGGGACUUAUUGAGACGCACCUGAGCCGGGCUACCCUAGCC